CAGCUGUCCCACUUCUUCCCCGCCGCCACGCUUCAGUCAAGCUCAUUGUUUCUUGUAUUAUUAAAUGGGCAUUGAUGGAAGCGGAUAUAUUUAUAUAUUUGGUUUUUAUGAAUACGCUUAAGGUAUUUAUAUCAGCGGUAGUGUCUUAGCUGCGGGCCAUUGAAGUGAAUUUGAUCUGGAUAAGAAAAAAUGUACGACCGAAUUAACAUGAAUGGCUCAUGCCCAUCCACCCAUAAAGCGGCCGUUAUCGUGAAACAUGGCCUUUCCCCAGUCUUCGAGCUACAAUCUCUCCCAUUGCCAGCUCCAGGCCCAACUGACCUACUCGUCAAACUCUCCACAACAGGCAUCUGCGGCACCGACAUUGCCCUAGCCUCGGGGGAAUUGGGUCCAACCAAGCCCAUCCUCGGCCAUGAAGGGAUUGGGCGCAUCGCUGCUCUUGGAUCAGCCUUGCAGCAUCUCAAUGACCCAUCUUUGAAAAUCGGUCAGCGCGUCGGCGUCUCUUGGAUUCGCGAUAGUUGUGGGAAGUGCGUUAUGUGUCUGACUGAUGGCGGGGAGACACGGUGCGAGACGCAGACUUUCUCCGGGAAAAGUGUCAAUGGGACGUUCGCUGAAUACACGCUCGUUCCCGCGCGGUCGGUAGUCACUCUGCCUGAAGGGGUGUCUGAUGAACAGCUGGCCCCCAUUAUGUGUGCCGGCGUCACUGCGUACAAGGCACUGAAGAUCUGCGGCGCGGUUCCCGGUCAAUGGGUUGCGAUCUCAGGGGCCGGUGGUGGGGUUGGAGCUCUGGGAAUCCAGUAUGCGGCCGCGAUGGGAUACAGAGUUCUCGCGAUUGAUAUGGGGAAGGAGAAGAGGGAAUACUGUCUUGGACUGAAGGCAGAAGCAUUUAUCGACAUUUCGGAAGAAGAGGACGUGGCCACUGCCGCCAAGUUGAUAACAGGAGGGGCCGGGGCGGGCGCUGUUCUAGUAACUGCAGGAUCGGGCCGUGCAUAUCAAGAUGCUUUUAGGAUAUUGGCGCCUUUUGGCACAUUGGUUUGUGUGGGCAUUCCGCCGCCAGACCAGCUGGUGCAGUUUCAUCCGUUGAAUUUUAUCGAUAAUGGCUUCCGUGUGAUUGGAUCCUCCGUAGGUUCUAGGGGGGAUAUUCAGGAAGCGGUGGAAUUUGUUCGGAGAGGAGUGGUUGUGCCUGCGGUGCAGGAAACUACUCUGGAGAAGCUCACGGAGACUACAAGGUUACUUACUGAUAGUAAGACUACGACGAAAUAUGUCAUCAAACUUUCUGCUGAGGAUACAAAGGGUGCUUGAAUGGAAUUAAUGCUCCUAUCCCAUCAUUAAUUUCCAAUCAGUAAAUACAAACUCUCUUCUGCAAUGGAUUCCAAUAUGAUCCGGGGGUUUAGCCACUUGACCAGCAAGAUGUAACGCUGCUGGUGCACCGAAGAGCUACGACCUUCUUCAGAGGUUCCCUGUUUUGUCUCUGGAGAUUCUUUAAAAUACGCAUAGUAUAUUUAAAGACGAACAAUUCAGCCUCCUAACGAGCAGACCUUGUCAAUGUAUCUACUUCCCAUAAUGAAAGACUAGAUAAAAAGAACAUCAAGCUUGAAAAUUUCCAUAUAGAAAAUAUAUAUUCUAUCAAC